CCCUGGACAGCUUCCUCACCACCACGAAAGCGACGCCAACCAAAUGGCGGCCGGAAAGGUCGCCAUCGCGAAUGCGAAUCAGCACACCCCCUCUGUAGGCGACCUCUUCCACGGCCUCAAAUUCUUCCUGGUGCAGCGUGUACCCCAACGCUCCGCGUUCAUUCAGAAGAUCGAGUCGAACGGCGGCCGAGUGGUGAAACUCGACACUCAGGCGGAUCAUAUCAUCGCAGAUCACUUUCGCCAAGACUGUCCCCCGGGCAGUCUUUCCUACUCCUUCAUCGACACUGCAAUCGCGGAUGGCCGUCUUCCCGAUCCCAGCGGCCAUGCUGCUGGAGCCCCCGUGGGUACCAUCAGAGCCGCGGGCUCAGGGAUACCUGCCAAGAGCACGCGUACAGCCUUCACUGCGGAAGAUGACCGAGUUCUUUGGGAGUGGGUUCAGACAAGUCUCGGGAAGGGCAGUAUAAAAGGCAAUAAUAUCUAUAAGGAUCUGGAAAAGGUCAAUUCUCGACACACGUACCAGGCCUGGCGAGAUCGAUACAUUAAGAAAUUGAUGGACCGACCGCCACCUGAUGGUGUGAGACUUACAGUCUCUGCGAAUGCCCCGCCCACGCCGCCUAUCGCCCAAGAUGAGGACGCCGAUGUGGCCCUCGACCCACCCGCUCCUUUGCGAUCUGCCGGCAGUGAAGCUGCUGUGAGCGCAGAUCAGCCCGAGGCGAUUACCGAGCCAUCCGAUCCUCUGCAUCAUGAAGACCGCCAGACUGUUGAGGCAGAGCAGCCGACACAAGACAUCGGCGAUAACGUGGACUUGGAGCGCAAACAAUCGCGCGAGGAGACUGGGCAGUCAGAAUCUAUAUUGCCUGGAAGAGAUGCUACGCCGGUACGCAGAGCAGAAGGCGUCGACCAAGCUGAUCUGGACAUGCUUCUGGAAGUGGCGUCCGAUAUUGAACGAAUUGAUCCGGAUCGGAAGAGAGAAGCAUGGGAGAAAUGGUCCGAAACACAUCCACAGCACACAGCGCGGGCAUGGCAUAGGAUAUGGCGCAAGUUUGUGCGGCCAAUCCUAUUGCGAGGACGAAACAAAGAGCGUUUGGAAGAAGUCGCGCAUCCUGAUGAAUCCCAGCCCAAUGAGCAACCUCUAACCUCCCCAUCACGCAACAAAAUAAAGCCUUCAACCUCACCAAAGCGGAAACGUGACACUCAGAUGUCGCAAAGUCCUGGUGUCGAACCCAACAAGAGGCCUCGAACCACUCAAGCGCCCAUGGCAGAUCGGACUCUCUCGACUCAGCGACAGGAAGCGCCCACUCUGCCAUCAACGUCGGCGAACCCUCCCGAUGUGUCCCCGACCGAGCUUCCAAGAAGCGACAGUGAGGAAGCGGCGGCGCGAGACAACACGCUCACGCGCCAAGCUGCCGAGUCCAACAAAGGGAUGGCCCUUGUUGUCUCAGAGGGGUAUGCGACAGCGCUGCCUGGUCUCAACGAGGCUCAAGGCAGUAGCGGGGCCUUCAGGUCGUUUCUCCCAACAUCGGAUGCUAUGCGCGCAGCGGAUCAACAGCUUCAACGAGAGUCUUUUGGCCAACAAUUUCAGCGAUCAGAAGACCAAGGGCUCCCAAGUGGUGGUACGCAGCAGCUUGACGGUCACGUUGAGAUUCCAACGACUAGUCGGCUUGCCAGAGAAGAGUCAAUCCAGCCUUCCAACGCGAGUGCGCAUCUCUUGACCGAAGAAAACCUGGCGAGUCAACAGGCGCAACACACCUCUCGGCGCGGAAUAGACUUGCCCGAAGACGACGAUGGCAGGGAUGCCGAGCUUCAGGAUGAGUACAUUCGAUUUCUGCAAGCCGUUACAAAGACCCACGACCAGCCAGCCGUGCAGGAUCCCGAGCUACCGUCAGGAGCCUCACUUGGUGUCGACUAUACUGAUUCUGGUCUAAUUGAUGUGACCAUGUCGUCGCAGCGGGAACUUGACGAAGCGUUUGAGGCAGCCAUCAAUUGGCCCGAGUCCCCAAAACCACCGUCGCGUGAUGGGCCACAGCAUGCGAGUCUGGGCUUUGAGACUCAGAUCGCCUAUCCCGAGCUGCCGAUGCAUCAAGGCGAAGUCGAAAGACUGCAGGACCGAGAUCAAACGGCUGUCCCGGCCGAUCCACUGAAUCACCACCAGAGUCAGACCGGGAAGAACGUUGAGGCUACCAGCUAUGUGAUAGUCGGAGAAGGACGGACCUCGUCCGUACCGCCAACUCGGGCUGACAGGGACGAUGCGUCCCUGGGCAGGCUUUCUAAUCACCAAGUGGACGGAUUUGCGGUCGACUUUUCCGUUGGAGACCGCAAAGGCGGCGCGCUUGCCGGUAAAGAUGUCGAUGCUGAUGAGAUUGCAUCGCAGUCUUCAAGAAGCUCGUUCGCCUCUUCGAGUUCGGAAGAACCUAGCAAUCUUCACAAUACUCAGCAUCUGAGAGUGAAUGUUUUUGAGACACAAGACAUCUUGAACUUCGAGACACAGCUGCCAGACUUUGACAUGCCUCUACCGCCAGACUCUGACGGGGAUGUAGCGGAGAAUGACGCAGCGGCAAUGUUGGGAGCUCUCAAACGAGGCUGGACCGCCGGUGAAGAUGACGUGCUUCUGCGUGGAACGGAGGAGGGGAUGAACGCAUCACAGAUCAUAAGAACAUACGGCCUUGCACGAUCUCAGAGCGCUGUGCGAAACCGUCGCAAGCUGCUGGCCGAGCAAUUCACUGCCAAUCGCGCCUCGAACAGUCCUCCAUCGGAUGCAAGUCUAGAGCGAGAUCGUUCGGACGACGGUUUCGAGCGGGAGCCGGGCCUUCGGCGCUCGGCCAUGGCCAACAGCCAGCGCGAUCUUUCUAACACGCAGGAGAUUGCGCAUGGAGACAUGGACGACUACAUCGAGAACAGGAAGGUGACUUACGGCAGCGACGAGCAAGCCAUCAUCGAAGCCCUCAAGCGGACGUCCAUGCGGUGGGAGCUAGCAGAUCUCGUCCUGCUCGACGCAAAGACCGGCAGAGGUUUACCGUCUGACAUCCCCGGAAUCUGGUCUCUGCAGGAAGAUGCAGUGUUGGAGAGUGGAGAUGCACGAGGUCUGAGGCUGCUGGAGGAGAAGCAUACUUGGGAGGAGUGCGAGAGGAGGAUGGAAUUUCUGCAGCAGCUGCGAGAGGAAGACGAGCCGGAGGGGAUCGAAUCGAGUGACGAGGGGUUUGAAUGAGGCGUUCAUUGGAGCAGGAUAUCGAUCGUUGUGCUUCGCUUCCUCGAGUAGUUGAAAUGUCUAAUGCAUAACGAAUUGUGGGUCAGUCAAGAGAGACAUUCCGUUGAAGUCGCGCGAGUUGGAGAAGACCACAGCAUGGGAAGAAGGCUGAUGGCAGGCCGUGAUUUGUUCAGACACGGCUGUAGUACUAGCGGACGUUGGCGCAGAAGGACUCCAUCUGGUGGCCAAAAGUCGUGGCGCAGACUACACAUCUGAAAUCUGCGCUGGCUUUGCGCUUCAAACCUGCCA